UUGGCAGCAUCAUCCGCGGCUGCGGGGCUGACACACGCCUCCAUCCUCUCUCCCGGCAGCCGCUCACACGCGCCUCGCCGCGGGCGGAGCGGAGCGAGGGGCGCCGCGGCAGACAAAGCAAAGAUGGCAGGGAUCCUCGCCUGGUUCUGGAACGAGCGGUUCUGGCUGCCACACAACGUCACCUGGGCGGACCUGCAGAGCACGGAGGAAGCCGCCUUCCCGCAGGCGGAGGACCUCUACCUCGCCUUCCCCCUGGCCUUCUGCAUCUUCAUGAUCCGGCUGCUCUUCGAAAGGUUCAUUGCUAAACCAUGUGCCUUAGGCCUUAAAGUCCAAGCCAAUGGACCACAGAAAGCUCAACCUAAUGCUAUCUUGGAGAAGGUUUUCACAGCUAUCACAAAGCAUCCAGAUGAGAAGAGGCUGGAAGGCCUCUCCAAGCAGCUGGACUGGGAUGUGCGCAGCAUUCAACGUUGGUUUCGACAAAGACGCAACCAGGAAAAGCCCAGCACCCUUAGGAAGUUCUGUGAGAGCAUGUGGAGAUUUACAUUUUACCUUUAUAUAUUUACCUAUGGAGUACGGUUCCUGAAAAAGACACCCUGGCUCUGGAAUACCAGGCAGUGCUGGAGCGGGUAUCCAUAUCAGCCUCUGAUGCCCGACCUUCAUUACUACUACAUAGUUGAAUUGUCAUUCUACUGGUCCUUAAUGUUUUCUCAAUUCAUUGACGUCAAAAGAAAGGACUUUGGAAUCAUGUUUACACAUCAUAUUGUAACAGUCACCCUGAUUACCUUCUCAUAUGUAACCAAUUUGACACGAGUGGGAACCUUGAUCUUAUGUCUCCAUGAUGCGGCUGAUAUUGUCCUAGAGGCUGCCAAAAUGGCAAACUAUUGCAAGUGUCAAAAACUGAGUGACCUUCUGUUCCUUACAUUUGCUGUUGUCUUCAUUGUCAGUAGGCUUGGCAUAUAUCCCUUAUGGAUAUUAAAUACAACGUUGUUUGAACUGUAUGAAGCUCUGGGCAAUUUUCCUGCCUUGUGGGUCUUCAAUGUGCUGCUUAUUGUUCUUCAAAUUCUGCACUGUUUUUGGUCUUACCUAAUCAUAAAGGCAGCCUACAAAGCUAUUUCAAAGGGCAAGGUAGCAAAGGAUGCCCGAAGUGACGUUGAGUCAAGCUCAGAUGAGGAAGAAACAGUACCUCGCUCAAAGGCCCCACACAGCACUGUCGCUACGAAUGGGACCAGUGGUGCCAAUGGGACAAACGGGUAUCUUACUGGUGCCACUUCCUCAGAGGAGCAUUAAUCCUUCAGUUCAAUCAUGAGACAUGAACAGAAUGAACUGUUUGCUACUGGAAGUAAAUUAUAAGUUGUGAAUGCAGUUUAUUCAUGUAUUUCAGCAUCAGAAAAAAUUAGGAGUAUCAAAGCAUUCUGAUAGCGCACUGCCAUAUUUCCUGUUUGUGAAUGAAGACAGCACACCUUUCUGUAUACGUAGGCAUGCUGUAUGUGUAUGUAACUGACACAAUGGGAGCAGUAUUUUCACUUGUACUGUCUGAAAUAUUAUUUAUUUUUUAUUCUUUUGGGAACUUCUGGACAAAAGGGAAUAUCCAUUCUCAAAAUUUGUGUCUUGGAUUCUCGGUAAUGGGGAGAGCAUCAUGCUCGGAUCUCUUCUGUCCAUUCCUGUUGGUUUUGCUGAAUCUGCUAUAAGUAAUAGUUGCUUGAUUUGUUACUUACAGUAAGAUAGAACAUAGCUUUAUAGAUUUUAGACCUGCUUCAGAUAUUUUUGCUAUCUUUGUCUUUUAGAGUACUGGUUUUGAAAUUGCCUAUCAAAUCACAGUUACUGUUCUUCCAACAGUUUGGGGGAAAAAUGUGGUAAUUGCAGGAUAUUAUUUUAGCGUAAUUUAAAAUUCAAUUUGGUGGUUAAUUGCAUUAGAAGUAGACUUGAUUUGUUGUGCAAAUACCCAAAAGCAUUGUUGUCAGCACUUAGGAUAAAUUCAUUAUUACCUUUUUUUUGGCCUUUCAACUUUUGACCUUUACGGAUUUUAGCUUUUUGCAGAGAUUCCAUGUAAAAAGGUGUUUCUUCAAAUGCACCAUUAUGAAUCCAAACUUAUCUCCUGAAAUUGUUCUUGCACAUUCACCUGAUUGAGAGCAGGGGUGUAAUGGAAAAAACAGCAGAUGAAAAGUUCAUUUCUUCCUCAGACUCAGCUCAGUCUAGGCAUUGUUCUCAAAAUUAUUGCCACUUCCUUGGCAGGGUAAAGAAAGAGAAGGCAGAAUGUCAUACAUUACUAAAAUUCGUUUAUUUUCUGUGUGUGAGAACUUGAGCAAAAUUCACUUAGCAUAAUUCCUUUGAAUGCUCAGCAGUGUUUCAUCACCUCUACAAAUAAAAUUAGGGAGUGUCUGUAAAAUAAUUUUGCGUUCCUUUUUCAUCCAAGAUUUACAAAUAGUGUCCCAAAGAAGACAUAAUAACACCCUAAGUAAACAUCUUUUUAAACAUUAUAUACAUACUUCUUCCAGUCUCUAGAUCAAAGUUUGAUGUAGGAUGCUAAGGAUCAUACAGCUCUUGCUGGACACUCUUCUGUGAUUUGUGACAGCAGUGCCAAAAGUAGGCAGGGUUCUUGGGUAACAAACUCUAUGCAACCGACUGUUCAACAGUAUUGUGUGUGCACACAAAACCAAUGUGCUUAUAGACCAAAGACUUACAUACUCACUCACUCACUCACUCACUCACUCACUCACUCACUCACUCACACACACACAUAUAUAUAAAAGUUUAAAAAAUAAAGGAAGGAAAAAAAACAGGGAAAAAAAUCUCAAGCAUGUCUUCUAUAUACAAAGGGAUUGGAGUGCUGUGUUCAGCUGGAAACCUGAGCCAUGAGGUCAUUUCUGAUUCCUUCCACCUAUGCAAAUAGUAAAUAUAGAUGGUUUCUGAUGCCAUAAAACAUGUUUAAAGACUCUAUUUUAUAUAGACUUCAUUGAAGAAAGUUGUGUUGUCACUUCUUUCUUUCGAAAACUGAGAUUUGUCCUAUUCUACUGGUCACUCUUGAAAACUUCUAAAACUUUUAUUAUCCAUAGAAACUCCUGUGUGUUAGGAAAAAGGAGGUGUGCUAAAACCAAGGUUGGAAUGGCAUGAAUGGAAAUAGUACUUCAACUUAGUAAAGAAUAAAGGUAAGAAAACUCAGAAAUUGUAAAUCACAAAAGAUCUGUCAGUUCUGCUAUCCAUAGAGCAUCUUUUGAAAAAGCCAGAUAACCUUGUAAUCCAGCAGCUGCAUAGCUUAUAUGUCCAUGAGUAUAUCUGAGGGAGCAAGGGAGACAUACUUAAAUCUCCUUCUCCCCAGAAAGUUUCUCUGCCUCUGAUUUUUUUUUCAUCUGUCUCCUAUGCAUUUGAUUUCAUAGUUUUCUGCAGGGCAGGUUAUAUGUGUGAAAAUAUGUUGAUUGCAAUAGAAAGUAUCCUAUCCAUGGUGUUUGCAGCUGUGUAGUAAUUACUGUAAAGAUGAUGCCAAGAUUUUAAAAUAAAACCAUCCUGGGAUCAAUUAAAUUAAGAUUAUAAUUUGUGAAAUCUGACCUGCUACAAUGGAAACUGAGAAUAUCAGUUUAAACACACCUCUUUCAUAGUGUUGAUUACUACCUGCAUUGAACCAUUUCCUUUCUGCAAAGAUGGAUACAAAAAUGGCAUUCUGGCAAAAUACUUUGUCUUACAUGAGAACAGAAUGUUGCUCUGAACUGUCAACAUGCACAACAUAGACC